CUAUCAUAACGUUUAUGUAAACAAACAAGACAUUCUACACAAAUAGACGUUUCACGUAUUGACUUAUGUGAAUUUUCUAAUUGUAACUGAUUUUUUCGAACGAUAUUUGAAAUUGUUGUGAGCUUAUAUCCAGUCUGGAUUAUCCAAAUAUUGAAGUUAUACUGUUAAUAUGACCAUAAUUUUAUUCAAGGACUAUACUCUUGGACAAGAAUAACGUGACAAAGGCAGGAAUGUUGUUCAAAAUGGACAUUUUACUAAUAGCUUGUUUUCUCAAUUGCCUGUGUGUCUGUCGAUACGUCGUUAUGGGAUUGAAUCAAACAGACUUUCAAAGAGAUAAUACAACAAAUGAGGCAGAUAGUGAUACAAUGCUCAGACAGAAUAUCAUAGAGAAAAUUUUAUCGAAAUAUGACAAAAGAUUUCCACCACUGUACAAUAAAGCGCAACCAGUAGAAGUUAAAGUACAAAUCUAUGUUGUUGGAAUCUUUGGAAUCGAUGAAGCGCAGAUGAAAUAUUCCAUGAGUAUGUACCUGCGACAACAAUGGACUGAUUCUAGGCUGAAAUAUGACGCACCAGAGGAUUUUACUAAGAUAGAAUUGGACAAUGAAAUCAAAAAGGAAAUCUGGGUACCAGACUUAUCUUUUAUGACAGAUAUGGAUACCAAAGUUCAUCAAGUAACACUACCUAAUAAAAUGAUGUUUUUAUAUCCUGAUGGAUUUGUGUCAUACAGUACGAGAGUUACUGGAACAUUUACUUGUUUUAUGCAGUUACAUAAUUUUCCAUUUGAUGACCAAUCUUGUGUUUACGAGAUGGAAAGCUAUGGAUUCACAGCUGCGACUGUAUCUUUUAGAUGGGAUGAACCAGCAAUGUCUUUUAAAGAUGGCAUUGUUCAUAGUCAGUUUGAAAUAGGGGAUCCUGAAUCAUAUCUGUGUGACAGGGAGUAUCCUUCAGGAAAUUAUACUUGUAUUGGUUUGACAUUACCUUUAAAAAGACGAUAUGGUUUCUAUAUCAUACAAGUGUUUGCACCAUCGAUGUUGAUUGUCGUGCUUUCAUGGGUAUCUUUCUGGCUUAAUAUAGACGCAGCACCAGCAAGAGUGUCUCUAGGAAUAUUGACAGUGCUGACAAUAUCAACGAAUGGUAAUCUAAGUGUUGGUAUGUCGCAACAAGUUUCUUACAUCAGGGCUAUAGACAUUUGGAAUUCCGUUUGCUUGUUCUUGGUGUUUGGUGCAAUGGUGGAAUAUGCAUACGUUUGUGUUAUUGCAAGGGUUCAACAAAGACGUAAACGUGAGCGUCUCCAUUCAAAUAUUUCAUUAAAUGUUUUAGCGGAUAUUGAAAAUGGCAAAAUAACAGAAAAAGUUGACGAGCAACAUCAAAUAGAAAAAGACAGGGAGAACGCAAGGAAGAUAGACAAAAUUGCUAGAAUUGCUUUUCCUUUAGCUUUUGUAGUUUUUAAUGUUAUCUAUUGGGUUUAUUAUAUGAGCUAAAUUCUUUGAAGAUAAUAUCAGUUAAUAAGCCAAUCUAAUUAAAAUAUAGAACUCGGAUUUAUAACGAAAUCCGAGUUCUAUAUUUUAAUCAGGUUGUUAAUAAGCGUAUCCUGUGAUAUUUUGACUGACACUUUUCAGUUUGAACAAGUGGAUUGUAUCAGUCACAUCUGGAUUACUGAAUGUAUCGCCAUCAUAAUAGUCUUGCACUUUUUAUUGUCACUCAUCAAAUCAAAUGCUGUGUAAGACUUGUUUGUGCAUGAUAGACGUAUGGGGAAAAGAAGAUCACUUGUACAUUACAUAUGUGUAAUUAAUUCUUACUCCGAUUCUAACAACGAGCUCUCUGUUUCAUUCGAUGAGAGCAAUCACAUAUUAAACCGUAUACUGACGCUUUUAUUGUCACUCAUCUUUUCACACGCUGUGAUGAGUUCAACUUGUUAUCCAUGUAUGAUAGACGUGAUGGACCGUUGGUUGAUAACGUAUAACGUUUGAUUUUGUAACUUUUUAUGGACCUCCCCUUUUUGAAUUUACCUUUGAGUUCGGUAAUUUUGUUAAUCCUUUUAUACUGCUACAUAUACUGAUGUUGUAUAAAUACCUUAAAGGCAAACACUCUUACUAUUGUGAGGUUAGGUUCAAGUCAAAAGCUGCAUGAUUGUAUACUUUUUCCUUUCAAACAUGUUAUUAGCAAUUAGAACCUUAUACUUUUUUAUAUGGCGACAUCAUGUACGUCAGGAGGCAGUUUGAGAGGUAUUAUUUUGAAAAGUGUCUUAUUGGUAAUAAUCUGCUUGAAACGGUAAAAUAUGUCAAUGAUUUGGAAGACUUGCAUAUUCUAAAUUUCUCAACGUUGUCUCUCGGGGUAUAUAUGGGCUCAUUAAUCAAAACUUGUAUUGGGGCUCAGCUUGUCCUUUGCCGGCUUACCGUUGAAAUCUCUUUCAUGACCCCAUAUAUUCAUGCAGACCCGCAUUCCACCUGUAAGUCACUCCAUAGUUUAUAACAUAAACACCGUUCGUAUUUUCUUGACGUUUCGCUGCCGGUCUAGCUGUUUCAAAUGUAUAUAUUUGUUAGGUAUAGUGGCAUUGGUAAAUAUACAAAUGUUAUAAUACUAAUGACGCCAAUUGACGAGAAAUGAAAGUUGGAAUGAAUUAAUACUAAACUUUGUAUUUUUAACGGAUGCUUAGAGGAAUGAGAAGAACUCCGUUGAUUUUUAAAUAAAUACCUCAAAGGUCAAGGUCAUAGCAUGGAUGUAGUACAUUGUACUUCCAUUGUCACUAAAACUCGAAUGCAAUGUGUGCAGAAAAGUGGUUUCCGUAUGCUAAAUUAGAUAUUCUUUAAUUACAUUUGACCAUAUAUUCAAGUAAGGUUUCAAUCCCAUAUGCAGUAUUUGACAUAGCAUCUGGAGACCAUUUUGCAGCAAAAAUUUUGUAUUUAGAAAUUUUGACCUUGACCUUUUAAGUAUUAGCUAUUGACCUCGACACCAUUAGGUAUUUUCCUAUCAUUGUAUGUGACCAUAUAUACAAGUAAGGUUCCAAUCCAAUUUCAAGUAUUUGAGUUAGCAUCCGAAAACAAAACUAACCGACGGACUUAGGGACGGGAUACCAAUAGAAGUCACAAGAAAUGAAUGAAUGAAUUGAUAAAUGGACAAAUACAUGAAUAAAAAAUAUCUGACAACUAAAUAAAACGGUUAUAGUUUUUUUUAUAUAUAUAUAUUUACUAUUGAGUUAUAUUAUGUAAAUAUAGGUGAAAAUCAACUUGUGCCAUAUUUUACAGAAUAACAAUAAAAUCGCAAUGUA